CCGGGCGGCGGCGGCGGACGCGGCCUGAGGGAGCGGCCGGCUGCCGCGCGGGGCUCGCCUCGCCCGCGGCGGGGUCCAUGGCCUGAGCGGCCAUGUCCGGCGUGGUGCGGACCCUCAGCCGCUGCCUGCUGCCGGCCGAGGCCGGCGGGGCCCGCGAGCGCAGGGCGGGCGGCAGCGGGGCCCGCGACGCGGAGCGCGAGGCGCGGCGGCGCAGCCGGGACAUCGACGCGGGGCUGGCCCGCGAGCGGCGCGCCGUGCGGCGCCUCGUCAAGAUCCUGCUGCUGGGCGCCGGCGAGAGCGGCAAGUCCACGUUCCUCAAGCAGAUGCGCAUCAUCCACGGCCGCGAGUUCGACCAGAAGGCGCUGCUCGAGUUCCGCGACACCAUCUUCGACAACAUCCUCAAGGGCUCGAAGGUCCUGGUGGACGCGCGGGACAAGCUCGGGAUCCCGUGGCAGCACUCCGAGAACGAGAAGCACGGCAUGUUCCUCAUGGCCUUCGAGAACAAGGCCGGGCUGCCCGUGGAGCCGGCCACCUUCCAGCUGUACGUGCCCGCGCUGAGCGCACUCUGGGGCGACUCCGGCAUCAGGGAGGCCUACAGCCGCCGGAGCGAGUUCCAGCUGGGUGAGUCGGUGAAGUACUUCCUGGACAACUUGGACCGGAUCGGCCAGCUGAACUACAUUCCCAGUAAGCAAGACAUCCUGCUGGCGAGGAAAGCCACCAAGGGCAUCGUGGAGCAUGACUUUGUCAUCAAGAAAAUCCCCUUUAAGAUGGUGGACGUGGGCGGCCAGCGAUCCCAGCGCCAGAAGUGGUUCCAGUGCUUUGACGGCAUCACCUCGAUCCUGUUCAUGGUGUCCUCCAGCGAGUACGACCAGGUGCUCAUGGAGGACCGGCGCACCAACCGCCUGGUGGAGUCCAUGAACAUCUUCGAGACCAUCGCCAACAACAAGCUCUUCUUCAACGUGUCCAUCAUCCUCUUCCUCAACAAGACGGACCUGCUGGUGGAGAAGGUGAAGGGCGUCAGCAUCAGGAAGCACUUCCCCGACUUCCAGGGCGACCCGCACCGGCUGGAGGACGUGCAGCGCUUCCUGGUGCAGUGCUUUGACCGCCGGCGCAGGAGCCGCAGCAAGCCGCUCUUCCACCACUUCACCACGGCCAUCGACACGGAGAACGUCCGCUUCGUGUUCCACGCGGUGAAGGACACGAUCCUGCAGGAGAACCUGAAGGACAUCAUGCUGCAGUGAGCCCCG